AUGUUAUUAUCGUGGAUAAGGUUGGCAGUUAAGCGAACUGAUUUACGACCACUUCAUAAACGUAUUUUUACCGACAAUGUACUUGAUAAAAUGUAUCGUACCACGGUGGUAGUAUUAAUUGGUGGUGCAUUAUGUAUGACAUCGGUAGCUUUGGUUAAUGUUAUGAUGUACUACAAAGUGGUGAAACCAAUACGUGAGGCAGACCGUGAACGAUUAGAGAAAGAUUUAAUUGAAGCUGAUGAAGCCGGUUUCUCAUUGAAAAUUUGA